AUGCCACCCCCCACAACAACCCCAACCCUCCUCGCCGAACAGGGCCUGUCCCCCGUCCCCCGCUCCCUCACCACCCUCCUAACCACCCGCCCAAACCCCCAACCCUCCACCCCGAUCCCCUUCUCCUCCCUAAACCCCCUCCCCUCAACCCUCCUCAUAGACAUAAUAACAACCUACGCCCGCACACACCUCCCCCGCCAAACCUACUCCCACAGCAUGCGCGUCUACUACUUCGCCCUCGCGAUCCUGUCCCAACACUUCCCGGAAUGGCACAGCGCCCUAUCCAAGGAGACGCUCCUCCUGACGUGCUUGUUGCACGACAUCGCCACCACCCCCGAAGCUAUGGCGUCCACUUACCUCUCCUUCGAGUUCGCCGGCGGGUAUACCGCGCUGAACCUCCUCGCGGCGCUGCACGCCCCGCUCGUGCAGAGGGAGAGCGUCGCGGAGACGAUUAUUCGGCAUCAGGACCUCGGGGAGUCGGGGAUGGUGUCCCGCCUCACGGCGCUUGUGCAUUUCGCGACGGUGUUGGAUAAUGUGGGGUUGAAUGCGGAGUUGGUGCAUCGGGAUACGGUGCAGGGGGUUGUGGAGAAGUGGCCUAGGGAGGGGUGGACGGGGUGUUUUGCGGGGGUUGUGAGAGCGGAGGUGGAGGGAAAGGGGUGGGCGAAUACGACGAGGAUCGAGGGGUUUGCGGAGAUGGUGGAGGGGAAUGAGGUUAUGAGGGAGUGGGAUUGA